AUGUCCUCCGAGUACGACUUCAACGCUGAUCGGGCCGCGUCCCAAGGAAAGAAGGAGAAGAUGACCAAUGAUGGCGACGUCCUGGUCACUGCCACACAGCCGUCUUCCGGCCUAGAUGAUACCGACUGCGAGAAGCAUGGCGCCAGUCGCGAGUCGAAUCCGCUACCAGACCUUAAGCGGAAGCUCAAAAGCAGGCAUCUGCAAAUGAUUGCCAUCGGUGGCACAAUUGGUACUGGGCUGUUCAUAUCUUCCGGGUCAGCCAUCUCGUCUGCAGGUCCCGUUGGCGCGUUGAUCGCCUAUAUGUUUAUCGGAACGAUUGUCUACUCUGUGAUGACGGCAUUGGGGGAGAUUGCCACCUACCUGCCCAUUCCCGGAGCCUUUACUUCCUACGCUACUCGACUGGUUGAUCCUAGCUUGGGUUUUGCUAUGGGCUGGAUCUACUGGUUCUCUUGGGCAAUCACAUUUGCUCUCGAACUCACAGCAACCGGUUUGCUUAUACAGUUUUGGAAUAAGGACGUCAAUAUCGCCAUUUUCAUCGGUGUCUUCUGGAUUGUGAUUACGCUUUUAAACAUGCUUCCUGUUAGCGUCUUCGGUGAACUGGAGUUUUGGUUCUCCAGCAUAAAGGUCCUUACUGUUAUCGGUUUCAUGAUCUUUGGGAUCUGGAUGUCGUCAGGCGGGGGCAAAGAGGGAUAUCUCGGAUUUCGCUACUGGGUACACCCGGGUCCCUUUGUGGCCUACGACGGGAUAUCCCCAGAUUCGACGGCCAAGUUCGUUGGAUUCUGGGCUGUUCUUAUUCAAGCCGCUUUCUCCUACCAAGGAACCGAGUUGGUUGGUAUUGCUGCCGGUGAAACCGAGAAUCCUCGCAAGACUGUGCCGUCGGCCAUCCGCAAGGCUUUUUUCCGUAUUCUAUUCUUCUUCGUGUUGACGAUUUUCUUCAUCGGCAUCCUCAUGCCGUCCGACGACGACUCGCUUUUGAACUCAAGUGGAAACGAUGCUAACUCGUCACCGUUCGUCAUUGCAGCAAAACGUGCAGGGGUCUCUGUGUUGCCAGACAUCAUCAAUGCGGUUCUCCUGACGGUGGUGCUUUCAGCUGCCAAUUCCAAUGUCUACAGUGCCAGUCGAAUUAUGAUUGGUCUCGCCCAGGAGGGUUUCGCUCCACGUUGGUUUAAGAAAACCUCAAAGCAGGGUGUCCCGUACUAUAGUGUUGCGUUUACUUCUGCAUUUGGCCUGCUUGGCUUCAUGAAUGUUUCGGACUCCGGUAGCACCGUGUUCAACUGGUUCCUGAACAUCUCUAGUGUUGCCGGUUUGAUUUCCUGGGCAUCCAUCUUGGGAUGCCAUUUGGCCUUCAUGCGUGCCCUGAAAGCCCGCAAUAUCUCUCGCGAUCUUCUCCCUUAUAAGGCACUAUGGCAGCCAUGGUACUCAUGGUACGGGCUCUUCUUCAACAUUCUAAUUAUAUUGACCCAAGGAUUCACUGCGUGGAUACCAAAGUUCGAUGUGACAAACUUUUUCAUUGCCUACAUCAGUCUGAUCCUCUUCGUGGUGCUUUAUCUUGGCCACAAGAUCAUCUUCCGGCCCGCGUUUGUUAAGCCGAUCGAAGCAGACAUUGAUACCGGCCGCCUUGCUUUGGAGAACGAAUACUGGGAGACCACGACUUCAGAGAAGUGGUAUAAACGGGCUUAUCGAGCGGCCUUUACAUAG